AGCGAUAUGAGUGAACGAGGACGCGCAGAAACUUAGUGUUUCUUCAGUGCUCACGGGAUAUCCUUUAAACAGACAUGAAGGAUAUCUAAGGUAAAGGAAGCUGCCUGGGUCGUUCUCAUACUCACUUUGUCACAGUCGGCCUGAGUUCACGAUGGGGCUGCGCGUAUUUGGCGCGCCGCGUUACGCGUACGCGUGCAUCUGUGUGUGCGCGUUUGUUACCCUGCAAGUUGCCCAAUGUCAGACAAAUCCCGCCACGCAGCAAGGGAAUGAACGAAGAGCGGCUCUCCGGCAGACGCUCCAGUGGUCACACAACGGGAAUGUUUUUAGCAUUUUGAGCCACGGCUCGGAGUAUCAGCCCGCGCGGCGCAGAGGCGCGCCGCAGGAGCAAGUGCAGCCACGACCGCUCACCAUCAUCCGGGACGCGGCGGGGAGGAAUCAGGACGCCCGGAGCCAGCCGGUGGAGCAGCAGCAGCAGCAGCAGCAGCAGCCUCCCCGGCCUGCCUCCCAACCCCGGAGCAUCCCACAGCCGCUCCAGAGGCUCCUGAGGGGACACCAGCAUCACCACGAGCGCACGGAGACGCCGACGAGCCGACGCGCCAAUGACACCCAGGAAAAGGUCACCGUGAGCCCGCCUCUGCCCCGGAGAGAGGACAUGAUGGUCGGUGACGACCCCUACGACCCCUACAAAUCCAUCGACCACGAUAAUCCUUAUUACAAUCACUAUGACGUUUAUGAGAGGCCGAGACCGAGGGGGAGACCCGGAUAUGGCACGAGGUACCAUCAGUACGGCCUCCCUGAUCUUGUGCCGGACCCGUACUAUAUCCAAGCCUCAGCUUACGCUCAGAGAGUGCCAAUGUACAACUUGAGAUGUGCAGCUGAGGAGAACUGCUUGUCAAGCUCGGCCUACAGGUCGUCCGUCAGAGACUACGACACGCGCAUGCUGCUGAGGUUCCCCCAGAAAGUCAAGAACCAGGGGACCGCCGACUUCCUCCCCAGCAGGCCGCGCUACGCCUGGGAGUGGCACAGCUGUCACCAGCAUUUCCACAGCAUGGACGAGUUCAGCCACUACGACCUGCUGGAUCACACCACUCAGCGCUCGGUGGCAGAGGGCCACAAGGCCAGCUUCUGCCUGGAGGACACGUCCUGUGACUACGGAUAUUACCGGCGGUUUGCCUGCACCUCUCACACUCAGGGCCUGAGUCCGGGAUGUUAUGACACCUACAAUGCCGACAUCGACUGCCAGUGGAUCGACAUCACAGAUGUGAAGCCGGGACAUUACACCCUGAAGAUCAACGUGAAUCCUUACUAUCAAAUCGAGGAAUCAGAUUACACCAACAACAUCGUGCGCUGCGACGUUCGCUACACUGGCAGCUACGCCUAUGUCUCCGGUUGUCACAUGUCAACAUAUUAAGAAACAACAGCCACCCAGAGUGUCUCAGCUGGCAAGCAACAGAGAGGACUGCAUAUAAAAGACAACAAAAGAUAAAAAGAUUUAUCAAAACAUUCAUUCUUUGUAUUGUAAAUACUGCCAGGAUAAUGAAAUCGCAGCAUCUCAUAAUGCAGAACUUGUCUUUGCUUGCGUGGAAUAGUGCUUUCUUAUUUCCCUACUGAGAAGCAUAUUCUUUUCUCAGCUUUUCUCUUAAGUUUUUCUUCCUGUGUGAAUUUGUACUGUAAGCUUGCAUUUUAUACCUCGUGUAAAAUAAUUAAAGAAGUAAACCAAGCCAUGAAAAUUGGGAGCUUUGCAAAAUGAAAACAUAAGCCUGCUUACUCUGAUGAAUGAAAUCAGUCUCAAAUAUGUUUUUUUAUAUAUAUAUUUAUAAACUAUAGGUGGAACUCUUUACUCAAGAACUUUGGACAAAAACAUACUUGAAUAAAAUUUUGUGACAAGUGAGCUCUUUCAUCUUGUCUCACUGCUCCUC